UGUACAUUAUUUUCAAGGGGAACACAUUCAGUGUUAUAUCCUACCUGCUUUUAAACUAUAUUUCAAUGAGUUGAUAUAACUGUAGAAUGAUUUUAAACCACCUUAUAAAAUACUCGAUAAUUUGUAUUCUCUUCAAUCAGAUGAAGUUUUCUGGAUUACCAAAUUGUGGAGGGGCAAACGGAUCAGUUUGUUGCGUUGGAUACGCUUGGAAUAAACUUCUAAAGAAAUGUACACCGUGCGAUAUCGGGUUCCAUGGACCUAACUGCUCUAGGCCCUGUCCAUAUCCUGCAUUUGGGAAGGACUGUCAGUUUAUUUGUAACUGCAGUAUACAUUAUUGUCAUCGUCAGCAUGGUUGUGGAGAAUGUGAAAAAGUUUGUGAAGCCGGUCUGUACGGAUGUAACUGUGAAAACCCUUGCCAAUAUCCAAACUAUGGAGAAGAAUGUCAACAAAAUUGUGAAUGCGAACAGCAACUGUGUAAUGCGACAACGGGGUGUAAAGACAACAAUGAAACUAGAAUAGCAUCCACAUCAACAACUGUAAUGAAUAUCCAAGUUAACGAGCACACGGUAGCUGUUGAACCUUCCACACUAAGGAGUACAGCUGGAUCAAAUCUUCCCAACAGGAAUGCAAGUUGUGAAAACGAAAACCAGGAUACAAAAAGCGGCAAACAAUCAAGGAGGGCUAAUAUUGAUCGACUUACUGCAGGUAUAAUUUGUCUAGCAGUAAUUGCUGGAUUGCUGAUACUGAUCAACGUGGGAACAUAUUUAUUGACAAUGAAACCCAGAAGCAGAACAAUAUUACAAAUCGAGUGAAAAGUUUCGCGUGAACUUAUUUGCAUAAAUUAAACGCACUCACAAUGUACAUUGCAGCUGAUAUCAAUCACUCUAAAGUUAUAUCGAUAAGUGUCUCAUGAUGUGUGGCAACGAAUAAAUAUAUCCUCUAGCUUCAACAAAAUUACUAUGCUGACUGGAAUUAUAUUUGAUUUUAUA